UAGGUGUGCCCCGGAUGCAAACGUUGGGAAACUGCGUCAGCCAUGGUUCCUUUUUGAGCUAAUCACGGAGAACGAAUGAAGAAUAGCAGAAUAUGUAUCGGUUCAUCGGUACGGGUCCGAUAGAAAGCAAGUAACACUACCCACUCAUCAUAGCAGGCUUAACAGUCAUCGCAUUUUGAACAGAUAACGCAUUUACAUCUAGCAGUUAGGCAAUUAACCCACUCGAACAAUGCAAAACCAAAAACCGGUACUGCACAUCCUGGUUGUGGGUUUUCAUCACAAGAAAGGCUGCCAGGUUGAAUUCUCCUAUCCACCUCUCGUGGACGGUACAGAGGGUAAAAGCGAAUGCCCUUCCGGGUGGAAGUAUUUGCCCACGCUUGCCCUACCGGACGGAUCACACAACUUUAGCAAUGAUUUCGUGUGCUUCAAUCUACCCAGUCUGACCGAUCCGGAACAAUCGGUGUACGGUAUAUCGUGCUACCGGCAAAUAGCGCUCGAAGAGGUUAAGAUACGUACGGCUGAUCUGACUCGCAGCACAGUGCAGAAAUCGGUUUGCACCCUACUAUCGCUACCCAUCUACGGAUACGUCGAGGUAAAGCUCUCCCUGAUCGCGCAAGCGUUCUUCGAGCAGGGUGACUUCUCAUCCACCGACAUACUAGUGAAAGCGUACGAACAGCUAAACGCUUGCCUGACGUCACUCGAACCACAGGAAAUUGCACCGACACGGUUACACUUUGUUGGUGUACCAUUGCGCGAUCUGCUGCUGAAAUGGCGGCACAAAAUAUUAAUUCUAUUCAAGCUACUCUUACUGCAGAAGCGUGUGGUUUGCUUUGGCUCCCCCGUACAUCCAACGUGUGCUCUCAUCCUUGGCAUUGCCUCACUGCAUCCGGAAUUAAUCAGCAAAGGCUUUCAACAGGUGGCCUGCGUUAAAACUUCUCGACCCAUGUCCCCCAUGCCUACCUUUAGCACGCCCGUGGAGGAACAGGUUAGUGUGGAAAAUAUGUCACCGUUCACACCGAACCUGCUGCCAACGAUUCUGCCCGAGCAGGAUGAACAGCAGGAACCAAUAGUGACCGGCCGGGAAGCGGACGAACUGAUCGAUGGCGAUGGUAGAAGUAUCGCGAGUGCUAAGGAAGCGCACCUAGACGAAACUGCUUCAUCCAGCCCGUCGUCCGCUUCAUCGAUGGAAGCACCCAUCGCCGGGACGGGAAGCACACGACCAACGGUCGGUCCCCCACUAAUGCGUGACACGAGCGUCGACACGAUAGCGUCCAACUUCUCCAGCCUGUACGCGAUCGAACCAUCUGAAUGGGGCGCACCGUUGCGCAUUUUUCACGAAGGACAGCUGUGCCUGCCGUACAUCUCGCUGCCGUACAUGGACCUCCUGACGGACCCAUCCGUCAAGGGGUACAUCAUCGGUGCGUCCAACGUGCUGUUCCAACACAAGCGCCAGCUAGCGGAUGUUAUGAUUGAUGUCGAGGCGGCCAUCAUCGAUGUGCUGGAUGUGGACACGAAGCGAGAAAUUCAGCUCAGCACGGAGGAUCUACGCUUCGUGGACUUUGUUGUGCGCCAUGUGCAAACACCGAAAGAGGAUGCGGAAGGUAGCGAAGCAUGGAUACGGGAUCAACUGUACGGGUAUAUGGUGGCACUGCUAAAGACCUCCCUAAACACAGAUGGUAGUAAAGAGAUCGAGCACUUUAAUGCACACUUUAUGAGUGCGUUCAAAGUGACCCGUUGCUAUGGUGAUUGGCUCGAACGUACCGGAGGUGGAGCUGUGCCAGCGUUCGAAGGGCUCGUUGGUGGACAUCCGUUUGCCGGGACGCUCUCUGUUGCCGAUAUGAAGCUACGAAUCGCGCAAACGAUGCAAAACAGCGAAAGUGGACGAAAGCUGAAUCAGGCUGUCACCAAUACGAGUCGAGCGGUUGGCGGUGCACUCACGACCGCGAAGGGUGCCUUCUCCAGCUGGUGGACAUCAUUCACGGCACCACCGCAAGGUGGACAUCUCGCCGAGACGGUAGAACAGCAGCAAGACACAUUACCCACAACGGAGCAAGAUGUCAACAGCGAUGAAGAGAUCCUUCCGAACCGUUCGGGGACCAUCGAUCUACCCGCCCGUACCACCUCAGACGAAUCGAUGCUACCCGAAGCGGCAACACCGGAUGCGAAACACAUCAUCAUGACCGCCGAACUGUCGUCGCAACCCGCUAGCAACAGUGUGGUCGAAAUUGGCCGGGAAGCCGAACUGCUGGACAGGGGGACACCGAUUGUAGCGGUUGCUGCCGAUCACACCAACAUUCCCCGGCACCUUACAUGAGCAACGGGCUUAACGCCCACCUCAUCAGGUUCUGGAUCGGCCGAGCAAUGACGCUGUACUAAAGAAACAAAAACCCCUUGAACUAGAUCUUACUAGCAUAAUAAUAGGCACCGUUCACCACCUAAUUCACGAUCUCAAUGUCGGGCUCAAUGUCUUGCACUUUAUGUUGUUCUGUUUUUUUAUGAUCCUGCUCGUGAAGAUCCUUGCCCGUACCGAAUCCUUUUGUGUCGCACACGAUCGGCCAGCAGCUAUCGGAACGCUUUCUGGCUUUUCCUUCAAGUAUUCUAUCGCUGCUAUUAAGAAACGCAUAAUCACUUCCAUUGUUUAUUGAAGUACAUAGCGAUUGCACUAACACUAUCGGAGCAAAUGAAUCGGCGUUGAACGCGACAGCAGCAUAAUCAAUGUUUUGAAGAUAUUGACCCAUGAACUACCGUUUGCAAGCGGGGCCGGUACAUUGCAACACACAAGGUGCCAUGGUUGAACAGCAAGGUGAAAUUAAUCAGUCAUAAAUACGGUCGCUUAGAAACGCUCACCAAAACGGGAUCCUUUUCAUAGUAUGGGGUUAUAAAUCCCAUCACAUAUGGGAUGCUAUAGUCAUACUGAACAAAAAUUAGUAUACCGCGCACAAUCUUGCCGACAAGUAUGGACUGGUAAUGCUAUAUAUAGGAAACAAUGUAUCGUUUGCGCAAAACUUACUUAGCAAGACGAAACAAAGCGUACUAGAAUGCACCCAUUGGGUUUCAUAUAACAGAAUGCUUUAACCAAGGAAAGCGUAUCUAAUAUAAUAAACUAUAU